CUGGCCCCGCCCACUCCUUGCACUUAGCCGUCCCUCCCACAGACUGCAGGUCCCUCCUUUGAGUCCUCUCCUCCUGCCAGCAGCAGACCUCCGCUCUGCAAACUUCUCCUCGUCUCUACGUUCAGUCAGUCAUUUGCCACCACCACCAUGUCUGCUGGAAAUGCUAAGAUUGGCAUGCCUGCCCCAGCCUUUAAAGCCACAGCUGUAGUGGAUGGGCAGUUCAAGGAAAUCCAGCUGUCAGACUACAAAGGGAAGUAUGUCGUCUUCUUCUUCUACCCCCUGGACUUCACAUUUGUGUGUCCCACCGAGAUCAUAGCUUUCAGUGACAGGGCGGAGGAGUUCCGCAGCAUCGGCUGCGAAGUCAUUGGCUGCUCCGUUGACUCUCAGUUCACCCACUUGGCAUGGACCAACACACCAAGGAAGCAGGGAGGUCUGGGCACAAUGAAAAUCCCCCUGGUGGCAGACCUCACCAAGACAAUCGCCAGAGACUACGGUGUGCUGAAGGAGGACGAUGGUGUCGCAUACAGGGGUCUGUUUGUGAUCGACGGCAAGGGCAUCUUGAGGCAGAUCACCAUCAAUGACUUGCCUGUGGGUCGCUCUGUGGAUGAGACUCUGCGUCUGGUACAGGCCUUCCAACACACUGACAAAUAUGGAGAGGUGUGCCCUGCUGGCUGGAAACCUGGGAGCGACACCAUUGUUCCCGACGUCGAGAAGAGCAAAGCCUUCUUCUCCAAGCAGUAAAUGUGAAGGUCUUCUCGCUGACUUCCUAACCGUAGAGCCUGCCUUUUGGAUGAGAGGUGUACCUUUGAAGCAGUAUCUCAUGGCGUCCAUUUUCACGUAUUAAACCCAACAACAUUAAAACACUUGUUAGGUAAAUCUUUUGUUGCCAAUCUUUAUCUUUGUAUGUCCAGUGUACAAUUGGUGGGGCGACCUCAUAGUCUCAAGCACUGAAACUAAAGCUGUUUUGAUCCUUUUUCAGAAGAAAUGUUGCUGUUUUUCCUUGCUGUAAUUUGAUAAUUUGCUGUCAUCUUUAUUAAAACAGUGGGAAAAUUGUGA